AUGGCGACCGAGAGGGACGUUCAGAAUGUCAGGAUGGAGCGCCGCAACUGCGAACCGAUGCUCCGGAAUCACGUCUGGCCCGCGCUCGGCAAGCGCCGCACGCCGGGAGAUAUUUUGUACUGGCCGAGGGACGACCAGGUGGUGCCGUUCACGCACUGGGCGGUGUACAUCGGCCGUCGCAAGCUGGCGCCGCACGGCCAGUCCUGGAUGGUCGACAGGUGCGAGGUCACCGGUGCGGAACUGCCCGAAGCCGUCGUCCACCUGUGGGGCGCCGCGGACUCCUCGACGCGCGACAUCAGCAGGGACGCGGUCGUGGUCUACAACCGCGUCGACGAGGUUGGAGGCACGCCCUACGACGGCAACCUCGGGUACGACGCUCGGCACACGCCGAUGAAACCCGCGCACAUCCUGGAGCGGUGCCUCCGCGCGCUGAGCCACAAGGUGUACGAGGCGAGGUUCGGCGGGUACCACGUGCUCGGCAACAACUGCGAGCACUUCGCCACCUGGGCGCGCUACGGCUGGAAUCAGAGCGGUCAGGUGAGCGACGCGACGUGCUACGGCGCCGUGGGUCUCGGCGCGCUCAUCGGUGGUCCCAUCGGCGGGAUGUUCGGGUACGCGCUGCACGGCAUCGCGUCCAAGGAGAUUGGGUCGUUGCGACGCACGCAGUCCAACAACUUUAAGGACCACCCGGAGGAUCCCGACGAGGAGGUGGACUGGGUCGUGGACUCGCUCCUGCGAAACACGGAGGAUCACUUCCGGCUCUUGGACGAGGAGGCGCGGGCGUACGCGAAACGCAGGGAACACCUGCCGAGAGGCGCGACGCUGACGCCCGAUGAGGAGGAGGCGGAGGAACGGAAGCGCACGCUGCUGCAUUUCGACUCGCGCAGCGCGAGGCUCAACGUCGCGGGUUGGGACAUCUUCGGAGGCGAACGAGCGGCUCCAAAUGAGGGCGACGGGCCACGGAGAGACGACGUCGACGCCGCCGAGCCGGCUCCCCGGGAGACGAACCCCGAGCGACCGCGGCAGCGCGAUCCCGUGGAGGAGCUCAAGGGGAUCGCCACGGGCGUGGGUAGCCUGGCGGCGAGCUUGUUUGGCGGGAUGCUCAAGGUUGGCGGCGCACUCGCGAGUGAAAUCGCGUCGCAGCACAACGCGCACCAGGAGAAGUUGCGGCUCUUGCGGGAGCGGGAGGAGGCGGAGAGGCGGGAGAGGGGUGACAUCGCGCCGCCGGCCGGGGUCGUCAUCGAGGAGAUAGCCGACUGA